AUGUUGAUCACAAAAUUACCUCAACAAAGAUUAUGUUUGAGAUUUGAUGAAUUACAAUUAUUACUGUAUCCAUUAUCUCAACAAUUAAAAUGUUUAGCAAUAUCUUGUUGGUCAUAUGAAUAUCAAGUAUCAAAUUUAACAGCUUUAAUUAGUAAAAAUGAUGUACAAUGUUAUUAUUCGAAUGUUGAAUCAUUAAUUUUAAUUAAUCAUUUAUCAAAUAAUAAUGAUCGAUCUUCUCAAAUUAUUGAUGAUUUAUGUCAUACAAUCGAUUUAACAAAAAUAAAAUCAUUAAAAUUUGAUAAAUUUGAUUAUUUACAAUCAACAUCUCUAUUAUUAAUAUAA